AUGGGUGCAAAUGACCCCGAAAAUUGUCCCAUAAGUGUGUGCCCGGCUUGUAAACUACACAAGUGUUGGAGAAUCGGAUUGACACACGGCGCCAUCAGUGGUAACAAACGUCUAAGAAGUAACACGACCGACACGUCGGGGUUUGGUAUAAAACAGUGGUUUAACAACUUUCGGGGUUUUGGGAAUAGUCAGGGUCACUCAGGGACUAAUAAUAGUUUUAACAGACACCCGACUCAAUCAUUCUCACAACCACUCAAUACAGUUACGAAUCAUGAAUUCGAGACAACUCAGUCGUCAGAGUAUAAAGACCAGGGUUAUCAAACGACAAAUUGUACAUCUGUACCACCAAUGAAUACUGCUAAUAUACAAUCAGUUCAUGGUGGCCAAUAUCACCCCAAUUCAAUUGCAAACAAUGAUUACAAUUUUGGCACGAAUUCAACGGGUAAUCGCAACGACUGUAUGGACACGACUUCCAGUCAUUUGGUUACCAAUAGUAUUAAUACGGAUAAUAAUAUACUACACCCUGUUUUGCAAGACUUAUUGCAAGACUUUGAUUUCGAGUGGCCAACUAAUGAAGGACCAGUAGGUCAGGGACUGGAGUAUACGUAUGUAAACGGAACCCUUCCUCAACAACAACCCCAACAAUCAACUAAUACUUCAACGGCAGUCGAGUCCUAUGAGACACCACUUGUAUUACAAACCAAUGCAACCAAUAAUAUACUACGGAAUCAAAUGGACAACUCAGUCGAUAAUACUGUCUACGAUAUGAUUCAUACGUUAAUUAGUAAAAUUAACCUUGGUUUGAUUACCGCUACUAACGAAGAUCCAUUAUUAGCCAAAAUGAAAGAAAUUCAAAUAUAUGAGAAUAAAGGCCAACAAAUGAUCAAGGCGAUAGCGGACGAGUUAAUGCAAAAGGGUCCUGAUGAGCUAAAACAGUUGUUGGCCAGGGCUGGACCAGAGGUCGAGGCUGUGAUCGAGAUGUACAUAACGAAGGAGCCCUGGGAGUGCACCACUGAUGUCGAGUUAAAAGUGACAAAAGCACCCGAACUGCGAUCAGGAAAUUCGCGAUACUUUCAAAUGAAUUCCCAUCCGAGGGGUCGGGCCAUCAUAUUUGUGACCACAGAUGGCCUGGACGUUGAGAUAAAGCGAUGGAAAUCCAUUUUCGCACAGUUAGACUUCAAGUGUGAGGUAUAUGUGGACUUCACGUGCUCUGAGAUCAAGGAUAAGCUGUUGGGGGUGUCGUGUCAGCGAUUCGUCGCCGACGCCCUGCUUGUGAUGGUUAUCGGCGGCGGAUUUGAUCAGAAGAUCUACGGUUACGGCAAACGCGAAGUCGAUAAUGAGAUGUCGUUCACAGAAAUUGUGGACAUAUUCUCCGCUAAUAAUCCUAAGAGUGAUGUCUCUCUUCGGAUGAAACCGAAAAUAUUUGUUUUCAACACUUUCUCUAUG